UUUCAGAACACCAGUGCUUCUUCAUUGAGAGGAAUCACAUCCUCAGUUACAGGAUUAAGAUAAAAUAGGCUGUUGGAAUUCGUACAGGCUUUGAAUCUGAUGGAUGUUUCUAGCUGCUUCCGCUUGGGAGCCAUCAUUCUUUUUCUCCAGGCACUAUUGUGUGCAGGUUUUGACCAAUCAUGCACACCUGGCUUUGAUUCAGAACUCUAUAUAUUUAAUGUCGACAGAGUUACUCUUCACGUUGGCAAGACGCUUGGUAAAGUGGUUUUCGAUGACUGUACCAGCCGCAAGCGAAUUGUGUUGGAUUCGGCAGACAGCCGUUUUAAAGUGGACACGGAUGGAACGGUGAAGCUGGAGAGACAAGUGACCCUGCAUGAUGGACACAAGAGGUUUUCACUGCACGCGUGGGACUCCCAAGGCAGGAAGCACACAGUUGCUGUUCGUGUGGAGCUCGACCGGCCUCACCAGCACCACCACCAGGUGGACUUGCACCAGCCUGAUGUGACUGAAGCAGUUCCAACCGUACCAGUCCUGGUGUUUCCAGAGUCAUUUGGUGGUCUAAGGAGGAGGAAGAGGGAUUGGAUUAUCCCUCCAAUCAACUUUCCUGAAAACUCCAGAGGCCCUUUUCCACUGAAGAUGGUGCAGAUAAAAACCAGCCAAGCUGAUAAGGUGAAGAUCAUCUACAGCAUUACUGGUCAAGGGGCAGACGACCUUUUUACAAUUGACCGUGAAGGCGGGGGUUUUUUCGUCACUCAGCCCUUGGACAGAGAACAACAGCCUUCCUAUAACGGUAAACUUCUUGCCCAUGCAGUAUCAGAUGGUGGUGGGAAAGCAGAGGAGCCCAUGGAAAUCAAUGUCCUUGUAAUUGACCUAAAUGAUAACAGGCCUAUCUUUGUGAAAGAUCCUUUCCUGGGAAAUGUUGCAGAAGCAUCAAAAAUAGGCACUGAGUUUAUGGCCGUUAAUGCCACUGACGCUGAUGAGCCUGGAAAUGCAAAUUCUGACGUCAGAUACAAAAUUCUCAGUCAAGAGCCAGCAUUGCCACUAAAGGAUAUGUUUGACAUCAAUCCUUUAACAGGAAAAAUCAGGGUGAAGAACAAUGGGCUGGAUAAAGAGAAAAUUCAUGAGUACACUUUGGAAAUUCAAGCAGCUGACCGUGAAGGAAAUGGUCUAAUAGCCGAGUGCAAAGCAAUUAUUACCGUAACUGACAGCAAUGACAAUGCUCCACAGUUUAACCCAUCUCAGUACACGGUGACUGUGCCUGAGAACAAAGUGGGGGAAGUGGUGGUGAAGAUGCCUGUAACAGACGACGAUGAUCCCAACACCUCUGCCUCAGCAGCCAAAUUCAAGAUCAUCAGUGGAGACCCAGCAGGGAUGUUCAGUGUUGAGACAGGCCCCAACAAACAGGAGGGCAUCAUCAAGACUGCCAAGCCUCUGGACUUUGAAGCUGUGGCCAAGUACACGCUGGUGGUAGCAGUGGAGAACGAAAUGCCGUUUGCAGUUGCUCUGCCAACAUCCACUGCUCAGGUGGUGGUGAAUGUUGGGGAUGUCAACGAGGCUCCCAUCUUCAGUCCAGCAGAGAAGACCAUUUCUAAGCCUGAAAAUGUACCUGUUGGCACAGCACUAGUGGAGUACUUAGCCACAGAUCCUGACACCGCUAUGAAGCAGAAAGUGACGUACAAAGUAGGCAGCGAUCCAGCUGGUUGGCUGAGUGUCGAAAAAGACUCAGGAAUAAUUAAAGUGGAGACUGAAAUGGACCUGGAAUCUACCUUUGUCAAAGACGGCCAGUACAAAGCCCUGAUUCUGGCUAUGGAUGAUGAUUUGGUCCCUGCGACCGGUACUGGAACGCUCAUUAUUCAGUUGAAGGACGUGAACGACAACCGUCCAGCAGUGGUGGAGAGGCUGGUGAAGGUGUGCAAUGAGGAGCCACCUCCCAUUCUGCUCGCAGUCACAGAUCAAGACACUGAAGUUAACGGCCCUCCAUACAGUGUACAGAUGACUGGGGACUCGGCCAAAAACUGGACAGCACGGAUGAACGGCACAAGUACUGGCAUUAUACUCAAAUUGAAAACCAAGUUACCGCAAGCAACAUACAGCAUCAGGCUGACGGUUCGUGACACCCAUGGCUUGGACCAAGAAAGCAUUGUAGAAGCCCAAGUGUGCAACUGCAAGGGAGCCGACUUUGUCUGCAAAGACGAGCCUGAGCCGCUGUACUUUGAAGCAGGAUUUGGAAUCUUGGGAGGCAUCCUGGCCCUACUCUUGUUGGUCCUGCUUCUGCUCAUCUUCAUGAGGAGGAAGAGCAACAUGAAGAAGGACCCGCUCCUGCCAGAGGACGACAUCAGGGACAACAUCUACUCCUAUGAUGAGGAAGGCGGAGGAGAAGACGACCAGGAUUAUGACUUGAGUGUGCUACACAGAGGCCUGGAUAACCGGCCAGAAGUAUUCAGGAAUGAUGUGAUUCCCACCUUCAUGCCCGCACCACAGUAUCGACCACGUCCUGCUAACGCUGAAGAUAUCGGGAACUUUAUUGAUGAUAAUCUGAAGGCAGCUGACAACGACCCCACGGCGCCACCGUACGACUCACUGCUGGUGUUUGACUACGAGGGCGCGGGCUCCGAGGCCGGCUCCCUCAGCUCCCUCAACUCCUCCAGCUCAGGAGGCGACCAGGAUUACGACUGCAUCAACGAGUGGGGCCCGCGCUUCAAAAAGCUGGCCGACAUGUACGGUGGAGGAGAGGAGGAAUGAGGGGACGCACUCUUUUAAUGGGAACAACUGUCCUAAACCAUCUCGUUCUAAACAAAAGCCACUCCUGCGUGCAUUUUCAGCAGCAAAGAUGUUUGCUUUGUUUUGUUUCUCUGAUGGUGGCUAGAUCUUGUAGGUUUGGCUUUGUUACGUUUUGAAUAAAGACCGGAAGUCAAGGGCAAGCCCAUUCCUCAAGCACUGAUGGACAUUUUGAGUCGAAGUGCACUGAGUGGAAUUGCUGAGUGCAAUUGCAAGUUACAUUUUUUUUUUUUGUAUUAGUAUUGGUAUGUUUUUUUUUUUUUUUUUUUUUUUUUUUUUUCUCAAUUUAAUCUUUCUCUGUCUAAUGAGGUAUUAAGGAGAAUAUGCAUUUUUGAUUUUGUAUUGGUUUUUUUAGUAUUGUAGUUUUUUUGGACUGUGUGACAUUCAAAUACAGGGUGAUGUACAGUACAUAUUUUAUUAAAUAAAAUGUUCACAAAAAUACAUAAAUAAAAUGUUCACACUUGGUUCUUA